AUGUCACCCAAGAACUCCGUGACCUUUGCCAAUCCCCUCCGUUCUCAAAGCGUGGAUGUGGAAGGGAUCAACAACUCGCCCGGAAAACAGCUCCCGAGGUCUGGCUCCCAACUUACCAAUUACUUUCGGCCAGCUCAUAGCGAGAUUCGUUUUAGAAAGAUGCGAUUCUUAAUUACCGAUCGUCCUUCCGAUCUCACAGUGGAUCAUUACAUAAAUGUAAGUUUCUUUACACAUGUUCGACUUUUCUUUGCUUUUGCAUUUUUGUUGACAUUGUAAAUGGAUCCCAGAAGUCAUAUGGCACCUUAUUUUUAGGAUCUCACCAGACACCGUGCCACCGUUCUGGUCCGUGUUUGUGAGCCCACAUACAAUUCCGAACCCAUCAAAUUGAAAGGAGUGGUGGUUGAGGAUUGGGAAUUCGAUGAUGGCCAACCUCCACCAUCAGAGGUCAUUGACAAAUGGCUUAACCUUUGUUUGGAGAAGUUCUCCGAAAAGGCGGGAGAGGAAUGCAUCGCCGUUCACUGUGUGGCUGGGCUGGGAAGAGCACCUGUUUUGGUGGGAAUCGCCCUUUUAGAGGCCGGGAUGAAGUGUGAUGACGCUGUUUUCUUGAUCAGAAGGUGAGAUCCAAUCAAUUUUUAAUCCAAAAUCUGCUGAUCAAACCCCUUUUUGCUGCCUAGAUCAAAUAAUUGAGACUUCCAGAACAUUCAUGGGCCUGAUUUUCGAUGACCGGACCCUGAGUUAGACAAACAAAUAGCAGGCUUCGUUUAAAUGAAAUAAAGUUAGAGUAAACAAGAGUUCCUCUCAUCCACCGUUAAUCCCAUAUGAUUUUAGUCAACGUCGCGGAGCACUGAACGAGAGACAGUUAUCCUUUCUCCAACAAUACAAGGGCCAGGGGCGUUUGCGAAAGCUGAGAUACGUGAACGAUACGAAGAAAGAAAAGAGUUGCGUCAUCAUGUAA